UAAAAAACAAUACGUCAAAUGUUCAACAAAAUAAUAACAUUGUUUACAACAAUAUUGCGUGAUAUUAAGUAAUAUAAAAAUAAUAUUUUAAACAAUCAAUAAUCAAUUGAUUUGAAAUACAUCAAUGAAUGUGCUCUUUUUAAUUUUAAAAUGACAGAACCAAUUGAUGUCAGUGACAUAACACUUGAAGAAAUACACAAAUUAUUGCAAGAUGCUAAUCGUGCAAAAGGUCUAAGUACAGAUAAACAUUAUCUAUCAGGAAAAAUAUUUCUUCAGAUAUUGGGUAGUGGAACAAGAGGAUCACCAAGUAGCUUGUAUGUGUCAACUGAUCAUUCAAAAUAUUUGUUUAAUUGUGGUGAAGGUACUCAACGUCUUGCCCAUGAGCAUCACCUCAAACUAGGCAAACUGGAACAUGUUUUUUUCACAACUCCAACAUGGAAAAACAUGGGAGGUUUGCCUGGUAUGUCAUUGACAAUUCAAGAUUAUGGUGUACAAAAAAUAAAUAUACAUGGUCCAAAAGGUAUAACACAGCUAUUUAAUGCAACUAGAAAAUUUGUGUUAUUAAGAGAUUUAAAUGUCAAUGAAGCAACAUGUAAUGAUGAAUUUAAAGAUUCAUGUAUGACAAUUAAAUAUGUUAAUUUAAUUAAAAAACAUAAUAAUGAUAGUACAGAUGAUGAUUCUGAUACACUUAUUGAUGAUGAUGAUAAUGACUAUUAUGGACAUGAAUAUAAUUUAAAUGGUAAAAGAGAUGGUAGCUAUUCAAAUCCACCAAAUAAAUAUCUUAAAUUUGAUAAUGAAAAUUUAGAAAUUGAUAAAAUACGUGGUUGCUUAAUUUAUAUUUGUAAAUUACAUAAUAAACCAGGUGGUCUUGAUAAAAAUAAAUUAAGUAAAAUAUUUAAAAUUAAACCUGGACCAUAUUGUGCAUUAUUAAAAGCUGGUUAUGAUAUUAAAAUCAAAGAAAAAUGUAAAAAUAAUGAUGACAUUAACUCAACAAAUUAUAAAUAUAUUAAAAGUUCUGAAGUUUGUGAUGAAGAUGUUCCUGGACCACUUUUUAUAGUUUUAGAAAUACCAGAUGAAGAUUAUUUAGAUUCAUUAAUUGAAAAUGAAAUAUUAAAUGAAUAUCAAACAAAUGAUGUGUUAAAAAAUCAAGAUAAUUAUAUCAUCCAUUUUACAAAAGAAAAUAUAUUAAUUAACAAAAAAUAUCGUGAAUGGAUGAAAAAAUUUACAAAUAAUACACAACAUAUUAUUUUAAAUGAUAAAAAUAAUUGUUAUAAUUAUGAAGCACUUCAUAGAAUUCAACAUCAAUUGACACUUCUUGAUUCAAAUAUAUUUCCAAUGAUACAUGAUAAAAAUUUUGAUGAUGAUACUACUGAUGAUGUGUUGAAUAAAAUAUUUAUUGAUGAUGGAUUAUCAGUUUAUCGUGCUAAAACAUUAAAUACUGUUAAUUUAAGACCACCAGAUGGUAUUGACUCAUCAUUUGUUGUUAAAAUUGAUAAAAAUGCUGAUGUUAAAGAAGUAUGUAAUGUUGAUGGGUUUGAAGAAUCCCUGGAGGAGCUUAAAAAAAAUAUAAAUAAUCAAUUGAGUAGUUUAAAAGAACAACCUGAAUUUCCAAAGCUUUUGGUACUUGGUACUGGUUCUUGCAUACCAAAUAAAGUUAGAAAUACAUCUGGUUUAUUGCUGAGAGUUGAUGAAGAUACAUCAAUUGUUAUUGAUUGUGGAGAAGGUACUAUUGGUCAAAUUAUAAGAUUUUUUGGUAUCAAAGAAGCUGACAAAGUUGUAUUAAGUAUUAAAGCAAUUUAUGUAUCACAUCUUCAUGCUGAUCAUCAUCUUGGUCUUUUGGGAAUUCUUCAAGAACGUCAACGACUAACACAAGAACCAGUUUAUCUUUUUGCACCAAAACAAAUUGAACCAUGGCUUAAAUUUUAUCAUCAUAAAUUUGAAAAAAUUAAAUUAACAUAUAAUCUUAUUCCAAAUCAAUCAUUGAUACUUGGCUUUAAGACAAUUGCACAAAGUACUGAUGAUGAAAUACAGAAAAAUCUUAAAAUUAAAGAUAUUAGUACUGUUGAAGUUGAACACUGUAUUCAUGCAUUUGGUGUUGCUUUUACUCUUCAAGAUGGGCAAAAAAUUGUUUACAGUGGUGACACAAGACCCUGCACAUCACUUGUUGAACUUGGAAAAAAUUGUAGUUUAUUAAUUCAUGAAGCAACAAUGGAAGAUAAUCUUGAAUUUGAAGCAAAAAAAAAAAUGCAUUCAACAAUUUCUGAGGCAAUUAAAAUUGGUGAAAAUAUGAAUUCGAAAUUUACAUUAUUAACACAUUUUAGUCAACGUUAUUCUAAAAUGCCAAUGUUACCAGAUUCAUCAGCUGGUUUUAAUUUAUCAAAUGUUGGUAUUGCAUUUGAUAAUAUGCAAAUUAAAUUAUCACAAUUAUCAUUGUUACCAUUAUUUUAUCCAUCACUUGGUAUGAUGUUUUCUGAAUUUUGUAACAUGCUAGAAAAAAAAGCUAAUCAACGAUUAGCUAAAGAACAAAAAAAGACAAAAAAAUAAA